AUGGAUGGGACGGACGGUGCUCGCAGGUCCGAGCCCUAUGAUCCAUAUCUCCCCCGCGGUGGGAGCAGCAACGGCGCUGGAGGAGCUGGAGGCGCAGGACGUGCUGGUGGAUCAUCGCAGACUGCACACAUCCAGCAGCAGAUUGACGAGACGGUCGGUGCGAUGCGAGACAACAUUGCCCGUGUAGCGGAGCGCGGUGAGCGAUUGGAUGCACUCCAAGACAAGACGGACGGCCUCGCUGUAUCAGCCCAAUCGUUCCGAAAGGGUGCCAACCGGGUUCGCAAGAAGAUGUGGUGGCAAAACAUGAAGUGGACGCUCAUUGUGGGAUUGGGCAUUGUCGUGCUGCUCAUUAUCAUCAUCGUGCCGAUUGUCAACUCGCAGAAGAACGACGGCAAGUAA